GAAAUAUUCUAAAAUGUUCUUUUUAUUAAAAAAUAUGGCAUGACAUAUAAGUGAUAUGAACGAAAACCUGAUAAAAAAGCAGUUAAAAGCAUUGAUCUACGGUUAUCGAAAGAAUUUAAUCUUAUAAAUAGAAUAAGUUGAAUAAGAAUUAUUCUCUAUAGAAAUUGCUAAAUUCAAAGAGUUUAGUAUUGAAAUAUAGCAAGAAUUAUUGAUAACUAUGAGUAAUCUCAUAAAAUAUAGGUUAGAAGAGAACAUUAAUACGUAUCUUAUUCUAGAAUUGCACGAGGUUGACUAUAAUGAAUUGAUAAAAAAACAUGGAUAAGAAUCGCAAGACUCUGUUUCUUAGACUGAUUUAGCUUAAUUGAUACUGAAUAUAAAUAAAUGA